GAUAGAACUUAAUAAAUAUUAUUGUAUACAAUUUCAACAAGGGAAGGGCCCAAUACCUAUGCAAUUCCGCAUACAACAUCCACAUUCUUUUAGCAUAUAAUGGUGGACAGGCUCUCUGGCUCUGGAUUGUCCUUAUCUUAUCGCGCAAGGUGGACGCGACAUGGGACUGCUGUCGAAAGUUAUCAAUAUAGAAAUAGUGAAGCAGUAUUAUAUUGCUAACUCAUAGUAUUGAUAAACAAAAUAGAGCCACACGCGUAUAAUUAACAAAGAGGGCCCAAAUUGCAGCCAUGUCCAACAUGCCCACGUCCACAUCCAAAUCGAAGCUUAGUCAGGAGCGGACCCGGGAGUGGCUGGCCUCACAGGCGACGACAUCGGUGGAGGAUGAAGAGCUGGAGUCCAUAGCCGAAUCAUCGGUAGUUGACAGCCUGGACUAUGACUCGGAGUACACCCAAGAUCCGGAGGAUGAUGACGACAACAACAACAGCCUUGAGGAAAUAAGCACCAUAACGCUUGGCACUCAAAUCCCGGCAAACAAACGCUCCGUAAUCAGCGAAACCUUGCGGGACUUGAUGAACAGCAUCAACAGCAUACAGACAUUGGGCAACGUUAACAUCAGCAAUUCUACAAAUGUACAUAUCGGCAAUGUGACCAAUAUUAAUGGCAACAUACAGAUCAUAGCGGACACAUUAAGUCGGCCGCGAAAAGGGGCCAGAAGGGUUUCCCUUUCGGAUGACCAGGACGAGGCUGAGGAGAAAGUGCGUUCGGAUGUGUUUAUUAGUAGCCAAAAAUUCAAAAUACCAAAAGAGCUGUGUUCGAUAGUACCCAGGCACUCCUGGCUGGCACAAAAUCCUAUGGAGGAUCCACAAAAUCUACAGCUACCCGUAAAAUAUGUGGUUAUAUUACACACGGCCACAGAGAGCUCUGAAAAGCGCGCAAUAAAUGUCCGUCUUAUCCGUGAUAUGCAGUGCUUUCACAUUGAGUCGAGGGGAUGGAACGACAUUGCUUACAACUUUUUGAUUGGCUGUGACGGCAACAUCUAUGAGGGCCGCGGAUGGCAUACGGUCGGAGCCCAUACCCUUGGCUACAACAAGCUGUCGCUGGGCAUCAGUUUCAUUGGCUGCUUUAUGCGUGAACUGCCCACGGCAGAUGCGCUGAAUAUGUGUCGCAAUCUGUUGGCACGCGGCGUGCAGGAGGGCCACAUUGCCUCCGAUUACCGACUUGUUUGCCACUGCCAGUGCAAUUCGACGGAGAGUCCGGGCAAGCGGUUGUACGAGGAGAUACAAAAGUGGCCGCAUUUUUACAAUAUCGAAAAGGAGGAGCAGUGACAAAGAAUAUUAGCAUAUGUACAUGCCUUAGACUUCAGUCUUUAUACAUUUUAUAUGAUUGUUUUGUAUUUUGAUACACAUUUUAGAAGUAAAUCCAAAGUUUUGUUUGAAA